UAUUUAAUGAGCCCCGCGUGGUAGAAAAGAUCAUUAACGACAAAAAUUUGUUUUUUUUGUUUAAACCUACGCUUUCCUUUUUAACUCAGAAGGUUAAUAAAAGGGCAACCUAUUCGCGCAUGAGAAAGCAGCCGAAACAGAGAGACCGAGAGCGAGCAGAAGAGAAACCCGCCCAAAGUAGCAGAACAUAACAAAAAGCGUACGGCUGCAAAGAGUGGGCCGUCCUCCACCACCAUCCUUGCAGGGCCGAGGCGAAUGGCAAUUCCGACAAACACCUAGCAGGCAUUUGAAUUGUUGCAGCUCCCGCCUAGCUAUCGAACUGGAAGCCGUAUUCUAUAUGAGAUUUCUAUUUCCUCGCUCCGCUGGAAUCUCGGGAGGGCUUUUCCCGACCAUUCAGUGGGCCGGAGAUGGGCGUUGCGGCAUGGGGUUGGCAGCGGAGGCCGGUCUCCGCCUCCAGAGAUGGAUGGGAAUGAAGGAUGGGGUCGUGGUGAUCAUCGGCGCUACAGGGACGGGGAAAUCAAAGCUGUCCAUUGACGUUGCUGAACGUUUCCCAGCGGAGGUCAUAAACGCCGACAAGAUCCAGCUCUACCGCGGCCUCGAUAUUACCACAAACAAGAUGCCGAUUCCUGAUCGGCGCGGCGUGCCGCACCAUUUGCUUGGCGAGCUCGACCCUGCUGCAGGCGAGCUAUUGCCAGCGGGGUUUCGAUCUCUCGCUGCCGAUGCGGUGGCGGGGAUCACGUCACGGGGAAGGAUUCCGGUGAUCGCUGGGGGCUCCAACUCAUUCAUCCAUGCCAUGCUGGUCAAUGGGUAUAAUCCCAAGUCCGACCCUUUUGCUGGAACUCCGGUGGGGAGUCAUCGUCUCCUUUACCGGAGUUGCAUGUUAUGGGUGGAUGUCGAGGCUGCGGUACUUGAGAAGUAUCUGGACAGGCGAGUGGACGAGAUGGUAGAGUUGGGAAUGGUGGAGGAGCUCGAGAGGUACUUCGCCGCCGGGGAGUCGGAUCGGCAUCCUGGAUUACGAAAGGCAAUAGGAGUCCCAGAGUUCGCGGAAUACUUCCGGCGGAGGACGGCAAAAGCAUACCAGGAUGCAAUUGAGGCCAUAAAGCACAACACACGGCGGCUGGCGGAGGAGCAGGUGAGGAAAAUAAAGCGGCUGGGGGAGAUGGGUUGGCCGCUUCAGCGAGUAGAUGCAACGGCGACGGUGCUUGCUCGGCUAGCUGGUUAUGAGAAGGCGGCGCAGGCUGCAGCGUGGGAGCGGGAUGUGCUCUGUCCCAGUAUCCUCGCCGUGGAGAGAUUCUUCCAAGAUGAGUCGACGAAUCAACGGCUACUGAAGGCAUAUAGUAAUUAAUCUAUAGUGAAAAGGUGAAAAAAAAAAAAAAAAACUACAGUGAAAUGGGUGGAAAAUGUAUCAUGUUUGAUUUGUUUUUAUGUUUAUUUAUUAAAUGCAAGCUCUAAAGAGAGGAAAGAAGAAAAUGUGGUGGCACGAGGGAGGAAGAUGAUAUAUAAAUAAUGAAUGUGAGGAAGAGUUUCAAUGUUUAAUGCCCGGAGCAGUGGUGGUGCGGACAAUUUUGAAGCUCCUGGACGCCGAGCUAAAUGCAAUGGGCCGACAUGAGAAGGAACAAGACAAUGGGAAGUGAUGGGAUUCUUGGUCGUGAAUGGAAUUAUGAACUCUCACCUGGGGUAUUUUAGUCUUUGUAUUAUUUUUAUACUUUUUUUUUUAAUUUUAUA